AUGAUACCCGACGCAUAGUUUGCUCACUUUAGUAAAUUAAACUGGACCCGAAGCGCGCGCCUUGGAUUAUAAUUCAACCGUCUUCAUGCUGUACAAGGAAGGCGUUAGAUACGCAUCAAUGCCUUAAGAAGCUGCUGAUCAACCCUUUGCAAAUAUUCACGAGGAUACGAAUUACAGACGGUGAACAAUAACUAGGAACGAUGGUUAGACUCAGAAAUGCUUCUACCUUUGAAAUCAAAUUUGCUGUUACUCGAGUCUCUGUGACACAAGCAUUUUACAGCAAGGGCAACAAUAUUCUCAAUAAUUCGAUGGCGUACCAUUCACAGUUUAAUGAACGGGAGUGCACAUGUCUGUCAGUUGAUUUAAGUCCAUUUACAAAGUUAUAUCGCCCGGAAAAUAUCCGGUUGUAUAAAUUAUUCGAGCGUGAAGGAUACGAACUGCGCAUUGCAGGUGCUGGAGUCUGUGACCUACUGUUGGAUGUUGAACCGGAUCGCAUCGAAUACGCAGUGUAUGCCACCCCGAACCAGUUAAAGGAGAUGUGCCAGAAAUAUGACAUUCGGAUUUUCAGUCGAAGAGAGGAGAAUUUCGACCAUUUUGCUCUCUUAGUUGAUAAUAGGUUCAAUUUUUGCAUAACAACUGUUCGAAAUGACGCCUCACCCAGCAGAUCGACUGGCAUGGACGUAUGCAACAGUGCCUGGAAGCGGAACGCAGCCAAAAGGGAAUUCACGGUGACUGCCAUGUUUAUCACCCUGGAUCUAUCUACUUUACCAGAAAAUUCAAGAAAUACCUUGCCGCAUUGCGUUUCCCGUGAGCACUCAGCAAAUCAGCAUGCUACAAGCGUGUUUAAAGGAUGUGUUUACGACUACUAUGGUGGAUUGCAAGACGUGCAAAAUAGGCGGGUCCGGUUUGUCGGUGACCCAUCUAUCCGCAUGCGUGAAAGCCCCAUAAAGAUUCUCAGAUACUUCCUCUUCCAUGGACAUGUUGUCAGGCCAGCAGAAUGGGACGUUCACGAUCCUGAAAUAUUGAAGGCAGUAGUCGAGAAUGUUGCGGCGCUCGAUGAUGUCCCAGGCGACCGCUGUUGGACUGAAUUGAGGCGGAUACUGCAUUGCCAUUCCGCCCCACUGCUGUUUCGCCGAAUGUCACACCUAGGCAUUUUGCCUUACCUCGGUUUUCAAUGGGUUCCCGAUUUCCCCCAAAUGGACGCCGCAUGGGCGCGGGGAAUCCUGCGCUCUGCUCCUGACCCCGCUACUUGCCUGGCCACGCUAGUGUCCAAUCUCGAGCAGGCUGAGAAACUUUUCACGCGUCUACAGCUGAAAACGUUGGAACGAAAGAUAAUGUGCUAUAUCAUCAGAAAUCGUGAGCGGUGUGCUCAAAUCCCAGAGAAUGUGGCGACCGAGCAUUUUCGGCGUGAAUUACUGCUUUCUGAUGUGUCAAGCCGUAGCAUGCAUAAAGUGAUGCUGGAAAUGAUGAAUUACUUGGCUUACGAUGUACAGAUUAUUACUGAAUGGAGUAUUUGGGUGGCACCCAAGUUUCCUGUGACUAGGAAUGAUAUCGCCGAUGCGUGGUCUAUACCACGAAAUGAAAUACGGUUCUAUCUCUCUGCAUUACGACGUCAGUGGGUGGAUAGUAAUUGCCUCUGGAAAACAGAACACUUGCUAUCAACGGCGAAUCGUGCAGUUGUAGAUGAUUUAGUCCGACGGUUAAGAACGGAACCCUUCCAUUGAAACAGGAACAGAGCAAAUUUUGAUAUUCAUAGUGCACACAUUUUACCCUCUCUUCGUAUUUUAUCGAUGCAAAACGCUCCCUCGUGUACAUCGCACCGAAGUGCUGUUCUACCAUAUCUUUUUGACGUCCUGUGCUACAACGCGGCAUAUUUCCGAUUCAGUGAAAUUUUUGUAUUCAAACCAUUGUAUUUCGCAUUUUAUGCUUGAGCAUGAAUUUCUGUUGCUUUUGUCAUCA